CUUCCCCGCCUCCCACCCCACCCCCCAGAGCCUUUUUGUGACAGCAGCAGCGGCAGCGGUGGCGCGGCCGCCGCCCCCGUCUCCGCCGGCCGCCGCCCCCGCCGCCUCCGAGGCUGGGGCCUCACAGUUCCUGCGACCGGGGCCGCCCGCAGCGGCUCCAGCACCUUCUGCAAACCAGGAAGUCGCCGGGAGGGGGAAGGGGCGCGCGCGGGGGCGGCCUCACCUGGGCCGCGCGGCCCGCGGGCCGGAGCCUGAGGAAGACACGGGGCGGGGUCUCCCCGCGCCCGGAGGGGCCGGAGGGUCGAGGGGAGCGCAGGUGUCUGCCCGGAUGUCCCACGUACCGCUUUGUAACCGAGCCAGAAACGCAAGGUGUCCCCUGUGUCCUCAGCCCCGGAGCAGCCGACUUCCUUUCUGGGUCCAGUCCAGGCUUCAGGGCUACAACCCACCUCAAAAGCAAAGUAACCGAAAAAGUACCUCGAUUUUGCAGUAUUUUCCACACCGCACGCACACGGAAUUGGAUCACUAAUUAAUGGGUAUUGUUUGUUAGAACCUUCGUCGUUUUAGGCCGUUUCAUUUCGUUUCAGGCUGCACAUUCGGAGCUCGAGUUGAUGCUCCUGGCUCCUGCCUCACUCCAGCUGUGUCCCGUUACUGCUCUCUGAAAUCCAGAGCCGCCCCCCUCCUGAUUCAGGAAUGUUCAGACAUGUGCACCUGCUAAAUAGCCUUGUCAAGUAGCAAAAUGGUAGUGCUCCACUCGCCUGCACAUAUGGAAGCCAGACGUUCUUAUGCCACAGGACUGCAGCAUACCAAGGAUUGACUUUGGACACAUUCUCCAAGCCGCAGGCCUCACAGAACUGCAGUCUAGGAAGCUCAGAGAGGGCCCAACUGAGGGUGAGAGGGGCUGACACAUAAAAAACUAAGAUUUACAGGGCACCGAAGUACCUGUUAAGCAGGUUAUAUGCAUCGCCACAGUACUUGCCAGAACUCUGUGUGAUAGGUAACUUGCAUCAGCAUUUUGCAGGUUGAUAAACAGGCCAAGCUAAUCCAGUGGGCAAUGGCAAAGCUGGAUUUCAGAACAGGUCUACUUGAUGCUGAUAUUUACUGCUACCAUGUACUGGCUCUCCGUGUUCUUCUGCCUUAUAUCUAGAAUCAACUGGGAAGAGAUCUAGAAAAAGUUUUCUAAUGCACACUUAAAAGAGUGUACAGGAUUGGACUCCUGCACAGAUCUUCUGGAGAAGGCUUCUUCCGUUAACGUUACCACCUUACACGUGGCCACAGUGUUUUUCAUCCAAAUGGGGGUUGUUUCAGACUUUAUUCAUGCAAAAGUUUUACUUUUAAGGUGAAUAUUACUUUGUGAUCAGAAGUGGGAUCCGGAGAAGACCCCCAGCAACUCUCAGGCAGGUGAGCAAACAGAUGCUACAGAGCCAAUGGAGUUCGCCGCUUACUUGCCAACCCUGGAGUUUGAGGCAGGACCCAGCAGCGGAGGCCGAAAGCUGGGUCCUCGCGGCGCGGGUCCGAGGUCCAAGGCCCGAGGCCCGAAGCCCGAGGCCGACCUCCCAGCGCGCAGCCCGGACCCGCGUGGCCGUCCCGCCGGGCCACAGCGCGGGGCGCCCCGCCUUUCCGGGCCGACGGCGGCCAUGGCGGCCAGACAGAUCCCGGCGUGGGCACGCGCCGCGCUCUGGACGCAACCGCAAGCAGCUCUGCCUCCCAAACUUCUCUGGGUCGGGGGAGGGUUCCGACGGCACCUCUGCUUAACCCUCUGCUCCGCUUCUAAAGAAGACCGCGGACGCUCCGGGCGCUGCUCGCAAGGCGGACUAGAGGGAGCGGCGAGCAGUCGGGAGAGUGAAGGGUUAACGGCGGCCGAGAGGCGGAUCGCAGACCUGCACGCCGCCGCGUGCGCGGCUGGCCAGCUAAACUACACGGAUCCAGCCACUGGCUAUCUGGUGCUUACACGGCUUGCCCACUUGCAGAGAGGCAAAUGCUGCGGGUCUGCUUGCAGACACUUUGUUUUAUUUCUUCUGCAGUGUCCAUAUGGUCAAGUCAAUGUUAAGGAUCCAUUGAAAAGGAAGAAAUUCAAUUCAUAUUUUUAUGUUUGACAACAAUUUCUUCUCUGUUCUCCAUCUUAUUGAGCCUGUAUUUAGAAAAAAAAACAAAAAACAAAACAAAACAAAAAAAACAACUCUAAUCCGGAAUUGCUAUCUGUGCUGUGCUAUUAGUCUUUGAGCACUAGUUUAAUCAUAAAUACAUAUAUUAAAAGAACAUCAAUAAAAUGAAAAAGCUAGCAAAUGUUUGUGUGUUUCUGAAGUGGCACAUUGAUAGUUAUUUUCCUUUCUUUUUGCUUCAUUAUCAGACACAUAUGUUGAAGAAAGAAAAUAAUGACUGUUCCAUUAAAUAAAUAGUAGCAAUCGGGUCACCUUAGUAGCUCUCGAUUUUUCUUAUAGCCUCCGUUCUCCUACUGUUUUCUCCUCAGUGUUAGCAACCCAAGGGAGGUUGCUGGCAAAUAGAAGGGUUUGAAUACCGUCUUCAUUUUAUUUAUAUCUCGAGCUAUAAGAAGAUUGAUAUAAUGCUAUAUUGUGCAGCAUAUGAGUGCCCAAGAAGUGCCAUUCUGCAUCAGGAAAUGCUCUCAUCUUCCAUCUGUUCUCUCAAUAAAAA